AUGUUGAAGGAAAUGGAAGUACCAGGACUAAAAUUGCCAAUGAAAGGUUGGUUAGCAUCCAAAUUCCAACCAAGGACGAAAGAUUGUUUGUUAGGAAGUUUUGAUAGUUUAGUUAAAUCUAUUGAAAACUCAUUACUAUGCAGAAGUGAGCGAAUGAAUUUACGAUUUGGAAUGUCUUCACAAAGAUGUGAUUCUAAAGUUUUAAACCAUAAAGGUACAGCACUGGUCAGGGGUGAAGUUUGGUGUGCAGACAGGUCUGAAAACAUGAACAUAGACCAUCCAUAUGAAUAG